AUGUAUCCUCGAAAAAAUAAUAAAAACGCUCAACGAAAGAAGGUAACAAACGCUUGUAAAAAUUGCAGGAAGAGAAAAUCCAAAUGCUCAGGCCGUGAGAUAAGCGGUAGCAAUAGUAUAAAACAAUGUGAUCGAUGUUUAAGGCAUAACUUAAAAUGUGAAUUUAUUGAGCCAUCAAUUAAGAGAGGACCUCCUAAGGGUCGGGAUAGGUAUCUUAUCUAUCAAGAGCGAGAAUGUCUUGAAUUCCCCAGAAUUUAUGAUUGUUUAAAUUUUAAUAAUGUUAAUUUUGAUGUUGAUACUUUGGUCUCGGUUUUUAAUAAAACUCACCCCGGAAUGUCUUAUUGUAAUAAUAAUUGUGAUGAAUCAUACGUUUAUCAUUACCAACCACCAACUUCUUCCACGAUUCAAACCGAAUUCUCUCUCAACGAAAGUAUUGAAGUGCCAACGAUGUCAUUCAAUGAAGCGAGAAGAAUUAUGAAAACUGUAGAAGUAAAAUCAAUAUGGAUUAUGAAUUCAAAUCGUAUUAUGUGUAUACGAUGA